AAUGGCCGGCUCUCCCGACUCCUCCAUAUCCAUCUCCUCCCUCCUGGCCAGUUGCAGUCUGGGUAGCAGUAAGGGGUCCUCAAGUUCCUCCAGGUCUAUAGAAUACAAGAAUAAGUUGUAUGACUCUGCUACGAAAGCGCUAGAGGCCUAUAUUGAUGACCAUGAAGAAACUCUGCAGUCUUCCAUGGCCAGUACAGGAAAGAUCACCAUUCAUUCACCGGCUAAGAAAAAAGGUGUAGCCGAUACAAAUGUUCGACCCAAGCAUUCAUCUAGAAGACGAUGCAUUGCCCGUGACCCAGAUCUGUUGAGCCUCACCACUGAUGAUCUCUUGGGCUUCCCCUCUGAUGGUUCACUACGGUUCUCUCAAGUCUUAGAUCAGAAACAUUGCAAAAACCUGAAUAAUCACUAUGGACAUUCCCUUCCAUACCACAGUACUCGGUCUUCUCCUCUAAUGUCCUCAUUAAAGACGAGGACAAACCUUCACUCCUUACAUCACAAUUCCCAGUCUUUGGAUCUACGGAAUCUUGAAGAUGACCUUAAGGAGAACAGAACAAACAGUCUUCUUGGAAUGGGCAGGGAAAACCAUCCUGCUUAUUGCAAUAACCUGAACUCUCCUUAUUUGUUGAGAGGAUCUGAAGGACAUAAAAGUUAUCCAAGAUGGCUGACUAGCCAAAAAUCGGAAUUAGGUGUGUCGGGAAUCACCAGUAUUCCAGAAGUGGGGUAUCCCAUAUGGAUAAAAGACUACGGUCUUCUUGGAAAUGCCAAUAGCCACAGAACCAGAAACAUUGAAAACUCCUUAAAAGCCCCUGUCGCUCAUGAACCCGUAAGGAAUCUACACGGCUACUCAUCUUUGGGUUCUUUACACCCUCUGUUUUAUGAUAGACAUGGCAAAGAAAUGGUUAAUUCUGGCAGCGGUGGUGGAAAAUUCUAUUCGGGUCUUUCUGAUUUGGAUGUACUAAAACAUUUGCAUACACCACUUAAAAAUCGCCCUAAUGAUUUACCUUUACGGAAAUCAGAAGCCAUCGAGUCCUCACAGAAGGUGCUCCCUGAGCUUCCAGAGAAUAAUGGAAGCCCCCGAACAGAAGAUGUGCUGGAGGCAGAGAGGUCCUGGGAAAAAAUCCCAUAUUCAUUCAAAUCUCCCGUCCCCAUACCAAUCAAGGAUGAGAUCGGUGAAGGAUCUGCGGCUACCUUAACGUCACAUCUUGGGGAAGAUCUUCUUGAGCACAAAGUGAAAGAGGAUAAUGCAAGUUCAUUCUCGGGUGGAAAUCAUCAUGGUCCAGUAGAGGCUCUGAAGCACAUGCUGUUCAAUCUUCAGGCCUUCCAGCAAAACUAUACCCAGGACCAAUCGUAUGAGAAGGUGGAGGAGUUCCAGAAAGUUUACACUGAAGCAGAAUCGGAGCUAGAGCGUGUGGACCAAGAGGUGUUUCCUGUGAAUAAGUCUCUUCAAAAAGCUCUGCAGCACUUGGCACGGCUGAAGGAGCUGGUAGGAGAUGGCACUACAAAGCAGGACCAAGAAAAUAAUGAAGAAGUAUAAAUACAAACUUUGAUACCGGCAGGCUAACCGAUUGCAG